AUGGUGGCUGUUGCGGUCGUCGUAGUUGGAGAAGCUGUCUUUUUCCUGAUCGGAGAAAGCGGAGACCGAACAAUCCGCAACCUUGGGGUUGUUCCGCGCCGCAUCCCACCAGGCACCGGCCCUUUCGCAAGUCCUUCGCUUGAAACACAUCCCCCACUUACCUUUGAAUUCUGGCAGAUUCGAGGCCACCUUUAUGCGGUUGCCGUCACGCCUCGGUCGCCAGUCUUCACGCGUUUGGUGAUCGCCCCACCCAAUCUGCGACAAUCAUGCCCCUGCGAACCGUCUUCGCCUGAAGACCUGACGGAGGCCCUUUCAUCUCGAAACAUUCCAUCCACCUCUCCUGUUGUUUCCUUUUACACGACACUCUCCACUAUGGCUUCCCAUCCGCCAGUUCUCGGCGCGGCGGGCAGUCCACCUCAGAAUGUCGAAAGGAUCACUCGCAUCGCCCAAGAUUACGAGUACAACCCCGCGAUCCGGCUGCGAUACUGGCUGAGGACAGCCGCCACCCUGAACCGUGAGGCUCAAAUCUACGAACGCGAAGGACACGAUGAGCAAGCCUACCUCCUCCUCUUUCGGCACGCCCAGUUGGUGCUAGUGCAUCUAUCGAAACACCCGGAUACCAAGGAUGAAAAUGAACGAAAGGCGCUGGUGGCUGCCGAGAAAGAAGUGGCGGUGAACCUGAAGAAGCUGGAGGCUUUGAAGCCAGGCAUUAAUAAACGCUACGAGCGCUAUACCCAGCUCAUGCGCGAGCGCCAACAGCGCAAAUUGCCGACAGAAGUCAGUGUCGUCCCUGAUCCACGAAACCGAAUCACCGAUCCCGCUUUAUCUGGAGUUGCACAGCCCCUGGAAGCGGGCGAAAACAGAGACCUCGCGGUUCGUUUAGCCCAGACGGAAUUUACCCGCCGCGCAACGGUUCGGAGAACCAAAGAACAAAGUGAAGAGGAUGGUCGGCGAGCGGCUGGUGUAUGGGGUGGCUGGGAAGAUGCUCUUAAGACAAAUGACCAAGGAAAUGGAGGCGACGACCUGAGUCAACGAAUUCAAAACAUCCGUUUCAACAUCGAUCCUGUGCGCGGCAACAAUACUGUUGCGCGUCAGAAACCAUCUGUUCAAGACGUUCCCUCCUCCGUCGCAUCGGCCUACAAGUACCCUACUGUACCUCGCCAGAAACCACUGGAGCCAUCUGUAUCACCAGCUCAGAUCGCCAUUCUCGACAAAAAUGCGGAACGGCAGCCUCCUCCAAUUCUCCCUCCAAAGGAACAUAUCGCACCCAGCAGGGCUUCCUUCGUGGACGGUACAGUGGGAGAACAGGUGCCGCCUCGUCCAUCAAAAGUGCUAUCAGCACCAUCUCCGCCAGAGAAAGUACAAGUGUCCGAAGACGCGGCCACACGGUCCGAUCUCAAUCCUGCAAGUUACACGUUCAAGCCUUCCGCCUACUUGGAAAAUGGCAGUCCCCUGCGUUCAGUCUUCCUGCCAGCCAACCUCCGAUCCCAAUUCCUGGCAUAUGCUGCUAUCAAUACGCGUCGCAAUUUAGAAACAUGCGGCAUUCUAUGCGGUACCUUGGUGUCCAAUGCUUUAUUCAUAUCGCGUCUCGUUAUUCCCGAGCAGACCUCUACGUCCGACACCUGUGAAACGACCAACGAAAACGCCAUCUUCGAGUACUGUGAUUCCGAAGACUUGAUGAUGCUGGGCUGGAUCCACACACAUCCCUCGCAGACGUGCUUCAUGAGCUCGCGCGACCUGCACACCCACUGCGGCUACCAAGUGAUGUUGCCAGAGAGCAUUGCCAUCGUUUGUGCGCCGAGCAAGAAUCCCGACUGGGGCGUGUUCCGUCUAACGGACCCGCCAGGCCUGAAGACGGUGUUAAACUGUACUCAGACUGGCCUGUUCCAUCCGCACGCGGAGGAUAAUAUAUACACGGGCGCAUUGAGGCCGGGUCAUGUGUUUGAGGUGAAUGGCCUGGAAUUUGAAACGGUAGACUUGCGGCCGCAUGACUCGCGGAACUAA